AUGGCCUUUGAAAGGACGCCAGAUCAUGAUCUUGGCCUCUGUACUGAAGCUGCUUUGCCUGUGUCCACGAUUCAAUACACUCUCGGCGACGAAGAAGUUGUGGUUCGCUUCAGCACUAUCGUUCACCAGACAGAAUGCGAAGUACGGCUCAUUUUCCACCCCUUUCGACGUCGUUGCAACAUCACGUACCAUGAGUACAGCCUUCAUUGUCGUGUUCCUUUUAGCUUGUCACAAGUCCCAGUUCAUAGAUCCCCAAUCAUCAAGAUUGCUCAAGGCAUAUACGACAAGUUCUUCAGAGACAAUGCUGGAUAUAAAUUCUCCCUGCUGGCUAAAGAGCUGGAGAUUUCAGUAAUACCUGAGCCUGAGCCGUCAACGAUACCGGAUCGUGCGCCUAGCAGCAAAUAUUCAGAGGGUCAGCAACUGCUUAUCGAGUUCUGGACUCUCUCCGGUGAACAUUCUUCGAAAUCUUCCAAGCGUCUCAAACUCUCGAAACCUCCCGAGCUUCCUAAGCUCCCCAAGCUGUCGAAAUCUCACAGUACCCUUCGCGAGAAAGAAAGAGAGAUCUAUGAGUUUAUCCCUUGGAAAGCCCCCCACGAGAUAUCAAUUGAAGAUGUUCAGAAGUCCUAUUCCAGAGUUGUCGAGAAUGGCCAAUUCCAACCUUCGUUCGUGCCUCAACUAGGGACAGAUCCGCACCGUUCAGAUCGUUGGGACCCUUACAUCUUGCAGAAAAAAUUUCUUAGCCAGGCACAACUCGAUGAGGAGAAAGUGGAGACUAUGCGGAAGCACUUGAAUAAGAUUAGGAAGCAAGUACCAGAGAGUACAGUUUGGGAAGCUACGAUGAAACAGCACAACCUGGACCCGCAACAUGUACAAGACAUUCUCGAGAUGGUGUUCUGUUGGGACAAAGGACUUGAGCCACCUCGGCAGAGACAGGUUUCGGAUAAUGACGACAAACCAGCAAUCCUUAAGACAGCGGCAGGAUUGCUGCGCAGUGCUAGUGAUCUGGAAGGGAACAACAAGUUAUGGACGCGAGUAGCUGCACUUCAACGCAUGGUCGGCUAUGCUUUGAUGCGCGUCUGCGAAGUUGCAGACAACUUGACACGACCUCAGGUUCUCGAUUAUAUGAAAGGGGUCUUCAAUGGCACCGAAGACUGGCAACGACGAUCUCUAUACUUAGCAUGCGUUUGGUGUUGGACAAUGGACAAGCUACCAAGGUGGAGGGGCCAUGAGUUGCAGUUGUAUAUCAUGUUAGGCAAUCAUCGAUAG